CCUCCCCUCAACCCUAACAGAGGGGUAGUGUGGAAUCCACAUACAGUCCUGCUCGCACACUGAGGUGAAAUAUCUUGGCAGCUCAGUCCAGUAAUGGAUUACAAACUUCUCUUGAUUCUGCUCAGCAGUAUUUUACUUCUAGUUGAAAGUGAUGAGAAAGAAAAAGCCAGCACAGCUGCAGAUAAGAAAGGGCCAAAGAAAACUAUGGUUACACCUGCAGCAAAACCUUCCACAAAGAAACCCAAACCACAAAGUCGUGAGAAAAUCAAGCCAACCCCUUCUACCCGUCAAGAGCAGAACUUGGGAUCCAUCCUUUCUCAGGUUCUGCAAAGAGGGAAAUAUCAGCAGGUGGGAGACAGUUUAACUUUAAAGGCUGGUCAGACUUUGGAUUUACGUUGUAAAGGGACAUCUGUGCGAUGGAAUUACCCACAAUACCUACAUGAGGAUGAUGAAGGAAGGCUCAAGAUCAAACAUUUUGGCAAAUACAGCCAGCUUCAGCUUGUAAAUACCACAGCUGCAGACACUGGUGAAUUUAGUUGCGGGGGCUAUCAAUGUAGAACAGAAAGCUGCAACGAUGGUGAGGAGAAGAGAGGAAAGACGUUUGUAUUUGUUGCAGAUCCUCAAGAGCUAUUUGUUCCAACAGAAGACUAUUAUGUGGUUAUCCAGCUGCGUACUAGACAACCUACUCUGCUUCCCUGCCAGGUCACUAACCCUCAAGCCAAGGUGACAUUACAUCGUGAGUUUCCCCCCGAGCAGAUUCAUGUUGAUGGAGUAAAAAUCAACUAUGAUGUCAAAAAAGGUUUCAUCAUUUACCAGCCUCAGCCAUCUCUUGCCGGGUCUUUAUAUUGCAUUGCAGAGUGGGGAAGCCUUCGACAGAUGUCAACAAAAUACAUGCUGAUAUAUGUCCACUAUCCAUCAUCUCUACCCAAGCCUGUCAUAGCAGCCUCUUCGAGUUCAGUUCGUGCUGGAGAAAAUUUUGUUGUUACAUGUUCUGUUGUGGGCGAACUGGAAAUCAGUGUGGAAUUUGAGUGGAAAUACCCUGGGCAGCAGAUUGGAAGGCCUCUAUAUGUCAGAGAAAGCACACAUCAGACAAGACAGGGUGGACAGUUAAUGCAAGAAUCACUGAGUAUCCUGAGUAUAGAUGAAGCUCGCACAGUAGAUGAUGGAACUUACACCUGCACUGCCCAAAAUCUGCAGGGCAGCACAACAGUAACCACAAAAGUCACUGUGCUACCUCCAGCAGCCAGAGGAAGGAACCAAAGGAGCACAGCUUAAUUUUGUAUGAACCAAAAAGAAGUCACUGCUAUUAUAAGAGAUGCCAUUUUGAAAUGUUAUGAAGAAUAUUUUUCUCAUUCAGAUGCUUGCUGAAAUAUUUCUACAAUGAAGAGCUGAGUCCUGCAAAUAUGAUACAAAUGAGGGGGUUGUUUCAUUAACAGCCAAUACAUAUAAUGCAUAUGUUUUUCUUUGUGCUGUUGUAAUGAUGGUUUAUGAAAAACAGGUUAUUUCUAAAUACGCAUGUUUCUUUGGUAUGGAAGUUUUGCAUAGUGUAGACUUAAACCAUGUUUUCUUCUACAAAUGUCACAAAAACUUUAAAUUACUGUCCAUGUAAAAUGUUUCUGUAUGUUUAUCAUAUACCUCAGUUAAGUAAUAAAUGUGUACUCCUAUAACUAAAAUGUAUUUUAUAAUCUUAUGAACAGCUACUUAUGAUCUUGCAGGUGACCGCUUAGCCAGCCUCAUUUUAAAACACUAUAAACCUUCAUCCUUGUCAGCUCUUCCAGCUGUUAUAUAUUCACUUUAAGUCUCAGAGUGCUUUGUGGGGUUGCAGUCGUUCUGCUUGUUGUUUGCAUAAAGGGGCAGAACUGCAAAUCUGGUACCACUGAACCCAAAUAAUGAGAAAUUAUAUAUAAUUUUGUGUAGUAUAAAGGAUAACAUACCUAUUACUAGAAUUAAUAAGGCUAAAUUGUCUUCGGAUAUAUGAAUUUAUGUGGCCACAUAACUCAGUGAUGCCUAUUUUUUGCGCCAUGCCACAUAGCAUGUGAGAAAAUGGCACACUGCUUUGUUUUGCAGCUAGCGCGUUGCCCCUAAUAGUAAAGGACUUGUCUUAAAUAUACUUAAUUUUGUGAAGCAGAUGUGACCUGCUAAUAAUUAUAAUAUAAAUUAAUGUCAUGGGACUUUGUAUGUAAAUAUUUAAUUGACUAAAGUGUCAAUAGCAAUCAAUUGCAUAAUCAGUUGAGUUAAAGAAACAAUGUUCUGCAAGCCUUGCUAUUGUAACACAUGGAAUUCAUUGGUUAGCGGUGGUCGAUAAGAGAAAUGUCGCUAUUGUACACAGCCAUGUACUAUAUUUAUUCAUUGGUAAAAAUAUUAUUCUGCACAUUAUCGGGCAGAUUUAGCAACAGUUUUUUUUCUUUUUUUGCAGUAAAAAUCAAGAAUGUGAAUUUCUGAAACAUGUAUUUGAGAUUUAUUAAGUGUAAAAUAAUGAAGCUCAAAUAAAAGCUGGAAAGUUUA